UUGUGUUUGUGCCGCGUCUUUCUAUAUUUUGAUAACUGUAGAACAGAACCGUUAGAACAAAGUGCCCUUUCGCCCUCCUUCAAAAAAGGGAAAAAUCUGUAAUCUGUGUAAAAGUGCCAAGAGACAAGACAAGUAAAAGGAGCAAAGCAAAAGAGAUAGAUCUAAGAAUGUGCCAAAAACAACAAUUUGAGUGCUUAGCGCUCUGGGUGCGCCGGCGCGGCGGUGAUGAUCUUGAACUCGGCUCAACUCCCCAGUGCGCAGGCGCAGGCAGCCUAACGGUGCAUCGGCAAGUGCAGUUGCUUUUGCAAAGAGUGAGAGGGGACGAGAGAGAGAGAGAAGAAUGGCAAAGGCAGCGCCAUUGCAUUUCUUUUGAUUGCUUGUGUAUCAUCUUUGGGGAUCUCUCUCAUCCGCCUCCGCCUCCACCGCCUUCGCUUUGGCGCAAAAAAAGUUUUUCGUCGCCGCCGAAAUGGCUUUUCGCUCAUUUUUUGGCGCUGGAACUCUGAAGAUCGCGCGCUGAUGGCUGAUGCGCUUUGCUGUUGCCGAGUGCACUCCCAAAAGCUUUCACAUAUGCUAAAUUCAAACGAGGAAAGCGUGAAAAUUGGAGAGAGAAAAGAGCGCGCGCUUACACACACACACACAUAGCGUACAUAAAAAUAAAUAUAUGGGAAAAUCGUUCGAGGUUCGAGAAAAUUAAACCCUCAUUGUCAUGUAUAUGGAUCAAAUGAACAUCAAAAUGGAAGAACUUUCGCAGGUGCCAAUGGAUCACGUCUUGAAGCUUCCAGCUUUGGCGCCAAAGGGUCGUGGACGGCCUCGCGCCUCGUAUGCCCAGACGGGGGAAUUCGAUGUUGGCCUAAUCCGUGAGUUUCGCUCUCGGCCUGUCCUGUACGACCGCUCGUCCAAACGCUACAAGGACAAACCGUACGUGGCCCAACAAUGGCUGCAAAUCUCGCACAAGCUCGGCUACGAUGUUUCCGUUCUGAAGGAGCGUAUGCUGAACUUGCGGAACCGCUACAACAUUGAGAAGCGUCGCAUCGAGAGUGGUGGCCUGAGCGCGCAGUACUCGCAAUGGCCUCAGUUCGAGAGCCUUCACUUCCUGGCCAAUCACAUCCGUAGCCGACGCAGCUUUAAGAACACGUCCAAGGCAGGCGAUGAGGCCUACGAGGCGGAGGGGGGCAUGAGCGACAGUAAUGGGCAGGUUAUGAGCAUCAAGGAUGAGAUGGAUGAGGAUGAGUUUGACCACGAGCAAACGAUGCCAGUGACCACAGUGCUGACCAUUCCGAUCACCUCAUCGGAUGAUGGCAGCUAUCCGACAAAGAGCUACCGGCAGUUGAUGAGUGGCAACAAUGCCACCAAUGGCAGGAGCUACAGCUUACCGAGCCGCCAGCAGGAGCUUGUCAUCAGUAAAGUCACCGCAGCCGCCAAGCGUCAAGCUCCCGAAGAGAAGGAAGUCGAGCAAGUGGAGGAGGAGCCAACAGCCAAGCGGAGAGCAGAUGAGUCGAGAACCUACCCCCCGACAGUGCCUACACCCCCUGAAUUAUCAGCAUCCACGACUUCCAAUGCGUAUGCGAAGUUCCAUGGCUUCGGCGAGUUCAUGGCCCACUCCCUCUCCGAAUUGCCGCUACCUACUGCCUUGCUUUUGGUACAGAAGUUCACCCGCGAGCUGGUUCAAAGCACGAUCGGUAGUCAGAAGGUGAUUCCCACGGAAGAGGCCGUUCAUUGCAGUGAAUCAGAAGUCGAAGACUAGAAUUAGUAUUACUUUUGUUUUUAAAUACGGGCUGUAGCUAAUCAGAUACCCUUCGAAGAAAAGUGCACAAGUGGGUUACUACAAGAGCGAAGCCCUAUUUAACAUAAUACUUCCAAGACACACACUUGGUGGAGCCGAACUAUACUUGUAAUGUGCAAAUAUGUUACGCUAUUGAUAAAUAUAUAUAAAAUAUAUAGACUUUUAUAAACGA